AUGAUUGUACGCAAGAACCGCAGAAUGAGAACUCUGACGCAUUACUUGAUUGUCAACAAGGCAGUGGCGGAUCUGCUCAUAACAAUCUUCCAUAUGCCCUACAAACUGCAAAUACAGCUAAUAAACAGACACGCAGUUGUGAUAGGAGGACAAGUCGGUCUUUUGAUCUGUAAGCUGGUGGGUUACACACAAGACGUAUCUAUAGCAUGUUCGGUGCUAUCGCUAAUGUCGAUAGCCACAGACAGAUUCAUGGCCAUUGUUUUUCCUUUUAAAAGGAUCACUUGGUUGCAGAGAACACGUUAUGUUAUCAUGUCUCUCUGGCUCGUGUCUUUCUUAGUCUGCUCUCCUCUUCUAUACGCCAAUAGAAUGGAAGAAUACCAAAGCGCAUUUUACCGCUACGAAGAAUGGUCACCCCUGUUUGAUCCACUAACAGGUGGACAAAAUUAUACAAUUGUCCAGGUUGCGCUAUUUUACGCUCUACCACUUUUUGUUAUAACAGUGUUGUAUACGUUUCUAGAGUUCAAAGUCUGGAAAAGAAGCGUCCCUGGGCAAGCAGCACCCAGUUUGCCACCUCAUCGAACUCAUUCAAUGGCCAAGAAAAACCUUUUAAAAUUGCUUAUCAUUAUUGUUUGUGUCUUUGUCGCUUCUUGGCUUCAAUAUCACGUGAUCUAUUUCCUUCAGUUUUCUAGCGAUAUCUACAUAAAUUGCAAUGUUCCCGAGACAACAAUGUUCUAUUGCUUAUUUGUGGGACAUGCAAACAGUGCCAUCAACCCUUGCGUUUAUUUUGUCCUUCACAAAGAGUACAGGAGGGGUUUUGGCUCAGUUAGCUCGUCAAGUUUGUUGCCUUAGAGAUCUAGACGUUUGUGGAUGUGCAGUUCGACAGUUCUUUUCAUUCGAUUUGAAGGCAGCAGCUGAACGAAAUGACUACAGUGAAUACCCUACUUCACUUGCAGAAAAUAAGGAAAAGAUUCUGGAUUGGAAUCAGGUUGUUAUACCAGAGCCUCUCCAAUUCAAUCAUGCAGUACACUAUAA